GUACAUUACUGGGCUUAACUCAGGUUUCUCAAGUGCUUGGAGAGUUAACCAAGUUCACCAGACUGACUUCUGUUACACUGGAGCCAACCUGAACAUGUCUUUUGCUCCUUUUAGCCCUUCCCCUACUGCGUGAAACCGCAGACCAGCCUCCGAGCCUCUGAACUAGUCUACUCUUCACCAUUCUGGAGGCGAAGAACGAAGUCGAGCAGCUGAAGAGUCGAACAGAAGAGAAAGAGUGGCGUUAUUGCUGGAUCUAUUUUCGAUUUCCUAGCGAGACUUUAAAGCGAACGCGGCGCUGAUUGGGCAGCGCGGAGUCACGCGGUGUGCACUCGCUUUGCCUCGCGCUCGUCCGUGAACGCGACUCCGAAUCCUGCCUGCCUGCCUGCGCGCGCGGUGCCUAGCGGCGGUUCGAGCUGCUCUCUGGAUCCUCCUCACAAUUAUCCUUUAAUUACACAAACCUUUCCAUCUUUUUUUUUUCUUUCUUUUGGUUUAAAAACCCUUUUCUUUUCGUGAGACGGUUUUUCCCCCCAUCAUGGGCGACAAAAAGAGCCCGACCAGGCCGAAAAGACAAGCCAAGCCGGCGGCGGAUGACGGCUACUGGGACUGCAGCGUGUGCACGUUCAGGAACAGCGCGGAAGCGUUUAAAUGCAGCAUCUGCGAUGUACGGAAGGGCACAUCCACAAGGAAGCCCAGGAUAAACUCCCAGCUGGUGGCUCAGCAGGUGGCGCAGCAGUACGCCACCCCUCCCCCUGCAAAGAAAGAAAAGAAAGAGAAGCCAGAGAGACCUGAGAAGGAGAGGCCCGAUGGCGAGCGACCAGAGCGAAACCUGCCCGAUGGUGAGCAACCAGCCAAGGAAAAGAUUGAGAAGGACCAUGCUGAAAAAGAGAAGAAGGACAGAGAGAAAGAAAUCACUGUUGCCCUCCCAAAGAAACCCAACAGCAAAAAGACCAGGCCCAAGAUGGACAACCAUCAAAGCCCACCAAGUGAAAGAAACAGCAUACAGUCUGGGAAAUCAACCACCAAGACUAAAAACUCUCACAUCUCAAGCAGACCCAAAUUGAAGAACGUGGACCGGAGCACGGCCCAGCAGCUGGCCAUCACGGUGGGGAACGUGACAGUAAUCAUAACAGACUUUAAAGAGAAGACGCGUUCAUCCUCCACAUCCUCCUCGACAGUGACGUCCAGUGCCGCCUCUGAGCAGCAGCACCCGAGCUCGGGCUCCGAGAGCAUGGACAAGAGCUCGUCACGUGCCUCCACUCCAAAACGAGAAAUCUCGCUUGGCCAUGACGAGUCAUUCUGAGCCUUCAAACUGCUCCUGGACACUGUGGAGAUGCUGGCUGUUCCGCAGUUCUCCUCUGCCCUGCUCUCAUUCCGCCCAUCUGCUUUCUAUUACCAAAAGAGGGACGAAUGUUCGUCACAUCCCCGCAUUUACCCAAAUGUCAACGUGCGUACAUGUUGAUGCGUACACAUGCAUUUCCUGAUUAGAGAUAAUCUCAUCUCUCUGGACCCUUAGCAGUGGAUUCUCAGCAUCACACCUUGGUAGCACUGGAGUGACAGCAGGGCCAGUGAGAUGGCAUCCUCGCUCUUGUAUGUAUUGUUUUAUACUUGUAAGUGAACCUGGCUGAAUCAACUUUUUUUUUUUUUUUUUCUUUUUUUUGUAUUAAAAAAAAGGUCUGCUGUGCACAAUAACCACCUACACUUUAACAAUUUCCUGAAUGGCUAUGACACUUAUUUAUUAUCUGUUGUAUCUUAAUACUUUUAGAGAUUUUUUCCCAUUGAAGCUUCGCUAAGUAACCUGGCUGAUGGUUCCAUUUUACACUUUUAAUGAGUUUUUAAUGAGUUUGAAUUGUUUUCCUGGAGCCCCCUGAGAAACUCUCCCACAUUGGUGCUAGCUACACUGUGAAUCCUUUUUUUUUUUUUUUUUUUUUUUUUUUUCCCUGCUUGGACUGUCUUUUACACAUCAAGGUCCUUAAGCUUAAAGCCUAUUUCACUCAUUUUUCUGCCACUCCACCUCAGCUAUUGUAUUUUAUUUUUUUUUUCCGGUGAGUGCUAGGGGAAGGCUGUCUGCUCUUCAUGGUGGCAUUUUCAGCCCUCAUUUUGCCAGACAAGUCUGCCAGUUUUCUAGCUUUUCCACAGUCCAGACUUUAUACCCCGGUCCCUGUGAUGCCUGUCUUUAACAUCUUUUGAAUAGAAUCUCAUAUUUCACACUUGCAGUUGUUGACUCUGGAUCAACCGUAUGGAGAGGCAUCUGGGUAUAAUAUUUGGAUUAAAGAUCCUAAGAGAGCUUAUAGUUUAUUCUUAUAUCAAAGAGUUAACUGGAUAUGCUCUCUUGCUUUGUUGUUGCUGUUUAUAUUAAUUAAUGGCAUUGUUUGGCAGAGUUAUUUGUAACUUAUUGGUUAUUUAUGGCAUGUAGUACAAACACUAAACGUUUCAGUCGACGAACUAGUCAAACUAGCCUGGUUUUCAGUUAUGCCAUACUGACCCACGUUAUAAUUUUCCUACAGAGUGCGUUCCAGCAUACUUGAAUUACAGUUACAGCUUCAAAAAUCUGUUUGGUGAAGGAUAAAAAAAAAAGUAAGACAAAAAUGAAGAUGUAGACUGUAACUUGGGACUCGGAUGUCUUUUACUAAUUGUGUAGAACCACAUGAUGUUGCUGAAGGAAAAUAGAGGACACAAUAUUUUUAUUAUUUUUUUUAAUAAUCUUUUUCUUUUUUUUUUUUUUGGUCACUUGUCCAGAGUAUUCAGCUGCCCACCCCCCUCCCCCCCAUAAUGGCCAAACUAAGAGUAGAAAUAUCUAACUAUCUAUCCCUAAAAAAAAAAAAAUCCACCUGACUUCCUCUUGAACUGUAUUAAACCUGUACAAAAUAUGUGUAUAUGAUAUGAGUUUUAUUUAUUGAAGGACCAAAGGAAUUUGAUAUCGACAUGAUAGACAAAUAACAAUUCGAAAUGUAAUGAUCAUAUGUGUGAUAUAUAAUAAUACAUUUUAAAUAAAGUCUAAUAUAAUCCAUA